AUGAACAAAAUUGCCGUCAAGGACAACACCAACAUUUACAACUAUUUUAAAAACAAAAGCUCCAAACUGAUAGACGACAUUCUUAACACAAACUUCUUCUUCGAAAAGAACGCAGAGAAUGAUAAAACGUCCUUAACCUAUAUAAGCAAUUAUGAAGAAAAAAAAAAAAUUCUUCUCGAAUUGUACAAUGAGUUAAAGUCAUUUUAUAGGAAUUUCUUUCUUCCCAUUUUUCAUUACAUAGAAAGGAAAAAAGGAAAUAAUUUUAACAUACAUAAUUUUUACACAAAAGAAGAAGACGUAAAAAACAUGACCCUGGGUGAUGCCCCCGUAUCGCGCACUUGUCUCUUCCAUACCAGUGUGGAAGAAAAAAUAGUCAUAAAUAAUUUCAUCGACAUUUUUAAAAGCAACAUAUUAAUUUUUUUAAGAGAACGGGAACUGAACCAGCUGCUACCCACCGAGGACGCCAACAUAGGAAGUGCGCAUAACGAUUUGUCUACCCCACCACAAAUGGUAGAACCGCAGGAGGGUAUACACUCCCAGGUGACCGAACUAACUGAGCAAAACUAUGAGCAAUACGCCACGAACGAGGAAUACGACUUGGAUAAUAUAAACAAAAAUUACAUAGAGAAUGUGUGUAUAUUACAGGCUGAAGCGGAAAAUAAUAAAAAAGUGGAACUACAUAGCAAAAAAGAAAUCUCUAAAAUUUCAAUCAUUAAAGAGAAGGCUCUUUUUAUUCUACUAAGUUGUCUCGUCUUUUUGUUUAACAAUUUUUUAAAUGAUCAGGAGAAAUCUAACUUUUUUAUCUUCUUAAAACAGUUGGCUUCGUCCAAUAACGUCAACAUUGGCGGCAAUUUGGGGAGCUCCUUCUACCACAUACAGAAGGACGCGUGGAUUCCCAUCAGCGACUUUUUUAUGUCCUCUCCGAAAAAUCAUCUGGACGAAAAAUUCUUAAUAUUUUACGACGAAGAAAUGCAGAAGAGGCUCAACUCGAUUAGCUUGCUCUACAAAGGGCAGUCCAACAUUUGCCUGAUCGGAAGCAGAAAAAACUGCAAAUCGGCCAUACUAAAAGAAAUCGUGAACAGUCACUCCAAAAUUGACCAUCUCAUGAUCGACGUUUUGAAGCACACAAAUGUGUUAAAUUUUAAAGUGCUCUACGAGAAGAUGACAAAAAAAAACGUCAAAAAGUAUUUCCACCACUCGGUCCUUUACAUCUGCAUAGACGACAUCCACAUAAGUUACGAAAAAGGAAACAACCCGUCCAUCGAAUUCCUGCACAAUUUGCAAAGGAACUUGUGCUACUUCGAGAACAAAGCCCUUAGCGUCCAAAAUGUGAAGAGCAUGAUAUCCCUAAACUUCGAGCACAUGAAAGGGAAUAGCUACUACGAAUCUGUUUCCUAUUCCUACGCCUCGAUUUUUUUAAACAGCGGCAGAAAGGGCCUAGUGGGUUAUUUUAGCGCGCUCGUGAAUCACACUCUGAAGGGUGCAUUUCAGGGCGUACACAGCAAGCUAGUAAACUACAGCCUGGACGUAUUCUUCAAAAUACACGAAGACAUCAAUUUUGAGGAGAAAAAGGAAAACCACCUGCUGUUCACAAAGGAGAAUAUUUUUCUGCUCUACGAAGACUUCUUUUACACCAAGUGGAAUUUUCAAAAUGAGCAGGACGUUGUCGCAAAUUGGUGCGAAAGUGCCGAACGUGUUAUCCUAAAUAGGAUCCUCAAAAAGGAGAACAGAAAGGACAUCCUCAAAACGAUGAGAACCAUGGCGGAGAAGCACUUCCAGCAUCUACACUGGGAAAUCUCGUUCACCUACUUGAAUUACUUUUGCAAGGAGGUGCACGAAAAGGUCGACGCAGACUCGCUGAAAGACGAAUUCGUGAGGAGCCUAAGCAGCUACAACAACCUGUAUAUUAACACGAAAAUGUUCGUGGAAUUCUACUUCAAAAAUAUUCUACAAGUCUACAAAAAUAUAAGCAAAAAUAUAAAUUCUUCGAUGAUCAUUUGCAUGAACAAAAAGAGAGCCAUCAUAUUGCUAAACGCAAUUGCGUUUAUUUUGAAUAUAAACACUGUACUGAUUAACAAGUCUAGCAAUUUGGAAAAUCCCCAAGACAAAAUUAACUACUACAACAGAUUAAGAUUUAAGAGGCACCUAUUUAUACUCAUAAAUCAUUCCUACCAUUUUGAUGAUUAUUUUUACUCCCUCAUUUAUAAGAAGUUUCCAUCUGCCCUCUUUGACAAGAAGGAGCUUUUCCAUUUGUACACAAAAACGAAUUUGAUAUCGAAUGAGCUCAAGUGGGAGAACAUCCAAACUAUUAUGAAGAAGAAUACCUACGUUUGCCUAGUUCACGAGAAACGGUUCGACCUUUACUCGAGCAACUUUCAAAAUUACAAAAAUGUCUACAGCGACUUAAAUGUUGUGCACCUGGACAGCUGGUCCAGGGAGGAGUACACGCACUACUGCCACCUCUUCCUAAAGAACCACCAGGAAAAUCACUUCAUCGAUAAUAUACUGAACAACUUCAAAAAGAAGGCCAUCCUAAAUACGCUGGAGGAUGACAUCGAAAAGGAAGGCAAAGGCAUCACAAUGCAGAAGAGGGAAAAGACAAAGGGGAAAAAUAAGGCCAACCAAAUCUUCAUCAACUCGGAGGAUUAUAUAAAGAAAAAUAAAAACGAUAACCCCAAGGGGAGCGAAAAUGAAAAAGGAAGUGAAGUUGUAAAGGAGAAUGCCCUUCCAAAUGAGGGGGAAAAACAGACAGGCAGUGAGGAGGACAACACGGAAGACGCUCAGAAGGGAGGGAAAAAAGAAGCUAACCGUGGAACGGAAAAGGAGAGCGGAAGCGAAAACGCCAAAGCAGAUGAUGAAGAUGGUCAAGUUCGUGAUGGCCAUAAUGGGGAUAACGAAACGGGAGGAGAUCUCCCCAAGACGAAUGACGAAAAAAGCGAAAGAAAUCCACAGGGGGAGUCAAACCAAGAGGAGGAGAAACCAAAAGACGAAAUGAACAAAACGGAUGACAUCGACAAAGGAGUACCCGAGAAGAAGAAAAAGAUAAAAAAAGGAAAAAAAAACAACCAAAGUGGAAAUGAAAAAAAAAGCGUUGUCAAAAAGAAGGAAGGGGAACAAAGCGGGAAGAAGAUAAAUAGUAGAGCAACGAAUGAAAAGAAACCGAAUUUGAAAAACAAUGAGGGAAAACCCACAUCGGCGUCGCGCGUUAAGGGAGGAAUACUUUCGUUGGGGCCUCAAACUAAGGCGAGAAAAGAGGGUGAUAAGCCCAUCAAAAAGGGAGUAGCAGGCAAAAAUGCGUCUCCACCGAAAGGCCCAAUCAGUGCUAGUGCGUCCAAACAAAACGGUCAAAAGAAGGAAAGACAACCCAUAGGAGGUGCCAAAACGAUGAGAAAGGAAAACGUGCCGCUGAAAAGGGUGCCCAAGGCUAACGCUAAGAAGAACGGAGAAAGGGACACACAUAAUGUGAAGGGCAAACCAGCACAUAAGAAAGUUUCCCAAAAGAGUAGCAAAAAGGAAAUGAGCCAAAUGGACAACGCUAUGCCAAACAAACCGAUGAGGGAGAAUAACGAAUGCGAAACGGGGGAGGAUACGAAAGAGGGAGGAAGCGAAAAACUCACGAAUGACGCAGCAAGAGGUGUCAUUGCCAACGAUAAGAACGAUGUCCAACGAGAUGAUGAACAGGGGGACCAACCGAAAGAGGGUCAAAGAAAAGAGGAAUCUCAUCAAAGCGGAAAAGACACAGAUGGACAGGAAAAUGAAAAGGGACCUCAGAAGAAGGAAGAAAACGAGCAGGAUGCCCAUAAAACCGCGGAGGACGAAACGAAACACGCAGAUGAAGAUUCUUUUCCAAAAGGAGGAAACGAAGAAGCGGCAAAAAAUAAGGACGGUAACAAAAAAGCAAUGCACGAAAUUAACAACUUCAACGAAGAAGUAAACAAGCACAGCUUCUACAACAUGAUAGAGACGCAACUGGAAAAUGUCGUGGACGUGUUCAUACAAGUGUACUACGAUUUGAAAAGUUUUUUAAAAAAAAAAAACUCCAAUUUGAAUUUUAUACGAAUUAACAAAUACAACUUUACGGACGCACUAAUCAUGUUUUACAUUUUAUUAAAAAAUAAAUUAAACUACAAAAAUAAGCAGCUGCAUAUGUUCAAAAUGGGACUCAAAAAAGUGGAAAGCAUCUUCGAAAAUUACAACAACAUGAACGAAGAAAUACAGUCCGUUCACUCGUCCAUAAAGAAAAUAGAGGAAGAAAUUGAGCAUCUGAAUAAUUCCAUUAAGACACACUCGAAGAUGCUACUAGACACAGAACAACAGUUUAAUGCAAAUAAACAGGUGCUCAACAAAGUCGCUAACGAUAUCGACGAAAUGAUGGAAAAUAAAAACGAAUCGGAGAAACAAAUUGAAGAAGAAUGCAUCAAUAUCAUCUUCAAAAUUCAAAAUGUAGAAGGUAGUGAAAUUAAAAAUAUAGUAAAAAUAGGGACCCCAGAUUUAACACAAAUGUGCAUAGCGAUUAUGAUAAACACUCUGGUGAGGAACUCCUUCCUAAAUGAUAAUAACGACAAUUGGAAUUAUUUUAAAAAUUUUAUCUCAAAGGAAAACUUUUCGAAAUUUUUUUUCAACUUCAAGAAGGAAAAUAUUACUGAUAAGCAGAUUAAAAGAAUCAAGGAGUACAUGGCGAGGGACGAAAUAGUCUACGGCACGAAGAAAAUCCUCCAAACGGACAACUUGUUUAAGCACUUUUUCGAAUGGAUCACCUUCCUAAUAAAGUAUAAGGAGUACUACAAAACUAGCUGCGAAAUGCAAGAAACCAUUUCAAAUAAUAAGUUAAAAAAGGAGCAAUACGAAAAUGAAAACGAAAAGCUCAUGGAACAAAUGCACCAAAUAAAGUCCACCAUCAUAAACAACAAAAGGGACGUACACAUACAAACAGAAAUUGUGGAAAAUUUAAAUCAAAAAUUACAAAUAAUUAAUAAAUCCUACCUGCCCAUUUUUGAAGUCAAACAAUUUUUAGAAAAAAUACAAAAAAAAUACAUCUACACGAUUGAAAAAAUUGAAAAUAAUUAUAAGUACAUCGUAUCCGAAGUUUUGCUCUUCUCCUUCUUCUUAAAUUACUCCUCUCCCUUUAACUACACAUACAGAUGCUACUUGCUCAAUAAGUGGAAACAAAUUAUAAAAAAGAAUAACAUCCUCAUAAGGGAGGACAUCAAAAUAGAAAGCAUCUACUCAUGUGACAGCAUCGUCUCGCUCUUCAUUUCGGACAACUUCCCUAGACACAUUUUUUACAUUCAAAAUGCGCUAAUCUCUCUGAACCAUUUCAGGUGGCCUCUACUGCUAGACCAGCAGAACAUCGGAAUCGAGUGGCUAAAAAAAAGCUACAGCAAUAACUUGGUCAUUCACAAUUUUGAUGAAAAUUUAAGCAAACAUUUGGACAUGUGCAUAAUAUAUGGAAAGAGCUUGAUCAUUCCCUUUUUCAAUUUCCAAAAUUUGUACAUCUAUGAUAGGAAGAAUGACGAGGGGUUCAACUGCGAGGAGCGGCACGAGGACAACUUCAAGCGCGUGCGGAUGGACCUCCUCGCCAAGAAAAACUUCCUCAAGUUUAGGCUCAACCGUAGGGAGAUCAAGCUGAACUCCAACUACGCCAUCCUGGAGCCCGUCAUCGAGCGCAAUGUGUACUUGGCCAACGGAAAGUACUACAUCAACAUAGGCAAGAAGAAGCUGGAGUACAACAGCCAGUUCAGGCUCUUCCUCGUGAGCGACUCCUGCGACAGGUACUUCCAAGACGUGGAGGACUACGUGAACAUCAUCGACUUCCAGAUAGACAAAAACUUAAUAGUAAACAAAAUUGUAAACAUCAUACUGAAGCACGAAGACGAAAAAAAGGUCAUCAACUUUAACACGAAGAUUAGAAACUUUUACGAAACCAAGCAGACGCUGAAGUUUCUGGACGACGGAAUGAUCAUCGAGCUCUGCACAUUUAACCACAAAGCGAAUAACAACAAAAAUCUGAUGAACGUUAUAAAUAGCAACGUUUUGAAAAAAAUGGAAAUCAAGAAAAUGCUCAAGGAGUACAAACAGGAAAUCAACAAAAUUAAAAACUCCUCGGAAAAUAUAAAACUCCUGGGGUACCGAUUCCAUACCAUUUACAAAGUGCUCCAGAAACAGUCCAGAGCGAAAUGGACCUACAGCUUCAACUUCAAUUAUUUGUUAAAUAUUCUGAAUAACUUAAUUAAACACAUCAACAAGAAGAUGCUAAUUUGUAACUUCAAUCAGCUGAUAAAAAAAUUCACGCACAACUGCUUUGUGUUCCUGUUAAAUACGAUACAUAAGAAGGACCACCUCUUCUUCAGCUUCCUCUUUUACUCCUCCUUAAUAUUCGAAGAGAAAAAGCUGCACCACAUUGGUAGGUCUAUCAAAGUGGAAAAGGAAAAGUAUUUCUCCCUGUUUUUACAAGUUCAAAAAAUUGCUCACAUGGACACACCCGAUUCGCUCUCUCUAAAGAUAGAGUGGCUAAAUGAGAAGAAAAAAAGACAGCUCCAAUUCCUGCACAACGAAUCCCCAAAUUUUAAGGCGCUCAUUCAAGACAUGAAGAAUAACUCCAUGGAAUACCUCAACUGGUAUAAGCAAAAACGGCCGGAAGAUAAUCUGUUCUUUCUUUCAAAAUCACAACUAGAAAAGUUAGAAAAUUUAGAGCUGAUCCUAUUUCUGUACAUCAUGAGGAAGGACAGACUCUACUAUUACAUACACUUUCUGCUCUCCAAUUAUUUGGACUUGUCUGAAAAUAUGAACAGCGCUACCCAUUUGAAUCUCUCCAAGGAUCUAAACUACAUAGAUGCGAAAACGUUCAUGUACAUUACAGAGCCGAAUAGCUAUUAUGAUCCCGUUCUGCUCAAACAUAGAGGCACAAAAACGAUCAGCGUGGGGAAUAACUUCAAUAGUGAGAUCCAAAUAGUGAUAGAAACUUCCCUACAAAAUGGAAAUAAAUUGUUACUAGAAAAUUUCCACUUGAUAAAUUUCAACAUUGAAAAAUUCUACGAAAUUUAUAAUAACAAAAAAAUUCAUUCCAAUUUUGAAAUGUACUUAACAUCAGAAAAGGGAGAGACUUCCAUUUCGAUUAUGAAGAAAGCCAUUAAAAUAUAUUCACAAAAAAAUGAAUACUUAAAAAAUUUCCUCACAGAUUUAUUUUCCUACGUCCAUCAUAGGUAUAAAGGCAGACUGAAAAAUAACUUUGUAAACUCCUUUCUCUUUUCCCUUUCCUUCUUCCAUAGCAUUUUAGCAUCCAGAUGCAUUUACCAUAAUUACGGUUUUGAUGAACCUUACUACUUCGACGUGAAGGAUUUCGAAAAUACAUUCGACUGUCUCCUCGCCUAUUUCGAUUUUGUUCAAAUUAAUGCGGCGUUACCUGGUGGAUCAAAUUCGUCUGCACCUACCGCUAAUCACCUUAGUGAGAAGCACACCCAUGAGGAAGUGCUCAUCCAGGAAGUGAACAUCAACUGGGCCUUCGUAAAAGAGAUCAUCCUAAAUGGGUACGGAAACAAAGUCAACGCCAAUGAUCGGAAAAUCAUAAAAAGCUACGUGAAGGAAUAUUUCAACGAGUACUCGUUUAAUGAGAAAAACGAGUUCGUCUACUCGGCCGACGAAAACUUCGACUACAAAUUUGUGAUGAACCGGUCCAUCAAGGAGUACGUCAAUUUGGUGAAGAGCUACCCCCUCUUCAACAGCUGCAAAACGUACGGAAUGAAAAUCGAAGCUGACAAGAAGCAGCACGAACAGUACAACGAAAAUAUGCUCAAAAAUUUGGAAAAAAUCUGCAGCGAGGAAGUUUUAGUAUACAAGAAGGAAAACAACGACGGUGAUAUCUUCUUCAACCUGGACAGUGACUACUACUCCAGCUCGUUACUCAACACAGAUGAUGAGCAAAGUGGAAAGUCCCCCCGAGGAGAUAAACCAACUGGGUGUGCAUCAGAGCGGAUUGAGAAGAACACAUGUGAGGGCUCAAACGGGGGAGACACAAAUGAUGCCCUUCAAGUAGACCAUGCGACUGAGCAGGGAGGCGACCCAACCAUCACUUACACGAACGAUGAAAGGAACGAUGACAAAAACGCCGACGCGCACGAUGACACGUACGAUGACGUAUGGGACGACGCAAAGUUCUUCGCGAAGACGUACCGCUGGAGCCCCGUGGAGGAGGAAGCGCUGGGCAGGCGCAACGCGGAAAAUAUGGACUUCCUAAAGAACAUAAAAAAAAUGAACGAAUUCUACGAACUGAUAAAGAAGCUAAAGUGGACAUUCAAAUACAACAUCAGCAUUAAGGCAGAGUGGGCCAAAGGGAACAUAACGACCAUCCAGUCAUGUUGCGAAAAAGAAACAGAGAAAUUUAAACGAGUUACAAAUUUAAUAUACAAUGAUGUAAUCAAAAUUGAGCAGGAGUUAAAUAAAAAUAAAAAAAAAAUCGACAAAGAGACCAAGCUAAUUAUGAUUUCCCUCUCUCGAAAUGAAGUCCCAACAAAAUGGAUGUCCAAUUUUAACAAAAAAAUAAAAACAAUCGACAGUUUUGUUACAUACUACGAAAAUGUGAAGGAGCAGCUGUACUUUUGGAACAUCACAGGGGAAUUACGUUUUUAUAAUGUACAAUAUCUUUUUGAUCCGUUAAAUUUUUUUAAAGCCUUAUUGAUUAAAUUCAGUUCAGUUCAUAAAAAAAAAUUAGACGACUGCAUAUUUUUGUCCUGCAUAAAUAACACCCUGGAGAUGAAGAGGAAACAAACUCCUCCCCAUUUUCAGAAAAAUUUCUUCUACAGCAGUGACGAAGAGGAGGCCUUCUCGUCCAACCAGAUGAACUACUCCGAUUACGUCCACUACGAGGUGGAUUCCUGCUGCAAUGUGGACGUCUCCGGGCUGCACACGCUGGUAGGCGCGCAAGAGCAGUUCGCCCACACAUACGCUUAUAGGUGCCUUCUCAGACGUAUCUUCUUACACACGCUUGCUUCCCGCGCAAGGAACUCCCACUUGCGUUGCUCAGAUGGGGGGCCCAAACCGUUACUCAUUUGUCAUUCUGCAAAUGGCCCACUCCCCACACACUUCUACCCCCCGCAGAACAACAACUUCGAAUGCCUGGGCGUCAAGUCAAGGAGCAACAAAAAGUACGACGAAAUCCCCAUCGUAACCUUAAGCGUAAUCGAGAGGAGAGAGAAAAAUAUCCUCAAGGACAAAAAAAUACCGCUUUACCAGUACAAGUAUAACUCAAAAUGGAACAAAAAAAAUAAAAAAUUUAUAACGAACUUGUAUUUCAAGUCGGACAAGCACAAGUCAUUCAUUUACAUUAAUAAGGUGUAUCUGUUCGUUUAUAACUGA